GUCACCAAAGUGUCACAAGCAAAAAUAUUCCGCAUGUCACAUUCUGAUUUCUUAUUCAUGUUUAAAUUUUUCUUCUGGAUGAAUCCCCAUGGUUCUAGAAGUUGCACGAUCGAUAAAUCGAUGAAUAAAAUUGAUUACUUAUUCAUGUGAAAAUUUAAAUUAGGGCUCGGGGUUUCAGUGCGAGUGUCUUGUUGUGUUCAUGCAGUAGUGUGGAUUAGACGUGUUUUAUUUUCAAUUAUUGGUGUUGAAAAAUUAUAAGAUAAUGGCUAACAAUUCGGGGAACCCGGUGGCAGGAGCUCUGACUUAUCCAGACAUGAGUGAUGACAAUGAAGAUCAACCUCCCCCAAUUCAGCCUCGGCAGCCGAAUAACUUGCAGGGUCUCCUACGCUUUGCCAUGGAGGCUACAAAAGGCGAAGAUGCUCCCGGCGCAUCUGAAUUCCAUCCCAUAGAUUUUGAGAGAAGGACAUUUUUGGAGGAUGCUUUGAGAAGCCUGACAGUAGAUGUAGCGAAGGUACUAGUGGAUGCUGUCAAAGUUCUGUCAGAUGCUGAGAAGAUGAACAGCAUCCAGCUUGGUCAAGAACUUCCAGAUGAUGUUGCUGCAGCUUUCUUCAACAUUCAGGAGUUUAUUAGUGAUAUUGAUGUGGCUAAUGAUUUCCACAAGAUCGGAGGGUUCUCAAUAUUUCCCAUCUGCUUGGGGAGCGAGAAUGCUCGAGUCCGAGUGGAGGCAGCAACUAUCUUGGCGGAGACUUGCCAGAACAACCCGUAUGGGCAGGCUCGUGCGCUGGACGCCGGCCUGCUACAAGUGCUGCUGCAGCUCGCAAAUACUGAGGAAGGAAACUUCCUUGUUACAUGUUUAUAUGCUAUCUCUAGCGUGUGCCGCGGCCACGGGCCCGCGUGCGACGAGCUGUUCUCCAGCGGCGGCGGCGCGCUGCUGUCGGAGCUGGUGCGCAACCCCAACAUCCGCGUGCGCACGAAGGCCGCCUUCCUCAUCUCCUUCCUCGUCAUCAACCAUGCCCCCGCUAAAGAGAUCUUUUUGGAGAACAACGUUAUUGGUAACAUAGCGACGUCGCUCGACAGGGGAUUGGACGGCAGCACGUCCUGUACCCUGCACGCGCUGCACGCUAUACUGAAUGGGGAAGAAAUACCCCCUCAAGUGCGCGACCCGAACAUCAAACUGAAGAAGGUUCUAGAAAAAAUGGAAAAUACUAAAGAGAUACAAUAUGCCGAAUACACGGAUGAAAGGAAAGUCUUGAAAAAUAUUAUGAAAAUUUUAAGGGAUGUUCCAGAAAUUGAAGUUCCCAACGAUGAGGAGGCAGAUAGAUAAAUAGGGUGCAUGGAUGGAUGCCUAAUGGAUGGAUGGAUUGAAUGGAACGGAACGGUUGAAUGAAACUGGAGUGUUCGGAGAAAUUUCGUAAUAAAAUGUAUGACUGGAUGUAUUUUGCAGCGAAUUUGUUCCAUGUGUAAAUGAUUCUUUACAUUGAUAUUAAUGUAAGCAUUUUUGACAACAAAAUAAAACUUUCUUUAUAUUUUAA